AGUACAACAGUCAACGUAAGAAUAGGAAAGAGCACAAUGGUUCGCCUAAGUUGUAUUGUGAUUAUUAGUAUCGCAUUAGCGUGCGUUCUCGCACAAGAAGAAUUAUACUCCGCUCAGUAUGAUAAUAUCGAUAUCGUUCACCUUUUCGAAAAUGCUGAAGCACGACAGUGCGUUUACAAUUGUUUCAUGGACGUUGGACCAUGCGACUCACAAUCACAAUUUGGAAAUUUGAAAUUCUUUAAAGGAAUCUUUCCCGAAGCUCUCCAUGAUGGAUGCAAAAAAUGUACUGAAAAGCAAAAGGAAUAUUUGAAAUACAUAACUGAUUGGUAUACAACGAAUGAACCCGAUGCGUGGAAUGCUUUACUUACGAAAAUUCAGAAUGAUUUUGUAAAGAAAGAUGUUCAAUAAUUAUCAAUAAUACAGUGCUGAAAAGACUGAUAAGGAUAUUUAUAGCGAACUGAUAUUCUAAUUCUCAAAAACGAAAAGAAACUCAUCAGUAUUAUUAAUGUUUGUUGUAACUACACUAUACUGUAGUUAAUAUUAGAAUAAAACCUGAAAAUUA